AUGGCAAGUGAGGAAGAGAGUUUUCUUACCUUAGUGCAUUGUUCUGGGAAAAUCCAAAAAACUAAAAGAUAUGGUGUGAAGUUCACUGAUAGAGAACCACUAAGUAUUUUUAUCAGUUCAUCAAGCACUUUGUCAGAUUUGAAGAACAGCAUCUUGCAGAAGUUUGGGGUGUUUGGUAGCAAGUGGGUGAAGAAGCUAUUCUACAAAAUUUUCAUCGCAGUUGUCUCGACCGGUGUUAAGUAUGAUACCUUUGUGCUAGCGGCUGAUGAAGAUAUUAGGGUUCUGUUCCAUUGUGUUAGGAGUUUUCCAGAGGUCAGAAUACACGAGUUGUUCGCGAAGUUGGAGGUUGGUGUCAAUAGUUCUGGGGCAUCAGCUCCAGUUCAUAGCUCGACUGCCGCGGGAGGUGCGUCUAGUUCGAUGCCUGUGGUGAGACCAUCCGUUCCGCUGGUAGCAUCCCCUUCAUUCACGGCUGAUUUAGAUCAAACAGAGGUUGUUGGUUCCGUACCUUUGGAGAAUGCAGGGGUCUUUGAGCAUGCAUAUGAGGUGGGCACCGGUGGUGGCUUGCUACCUGAUAUGCAAGGUUUUGGAGAACCUGAUCGAGUAGAGAAUGCAAUGUGUGACGAUGACUCUGAUCAGGAGCCUGUAGAUAUCAUUGGGGACGAUGAUGACACAGGUGCCAAUCCACAUAUUAGGCAAUCAUUCCAGAAUAAAGAUGAGGCUGUGCUGAGUGUGAAGGACUAUAGUAUCCGCCGAGAUGUUGAGUACAGAGUCAUCGAAUCAGAUCAUCUUAAGUAUCAUGGAAAAUGCAAGGAGUUCGGCAAGGGUUGUACUUGGUUGAUUCGCGUAGCACUGCGUGCACGAAAGGGCACUUGGGAGGUUAGGAGGUACAACGGGCCACACACUUGCUUGGCAACCUCUAUUUCCAGUGAUCACCGUAAGCUAGAUUACCACGUUAUCUGUGCAAGAAUUCUUCCGUUGGUUAGGGCAGAUGCUGUGGUCACGGUAAAGGUAUUACAACAAGCUACAGAAGCCGAUUACAGUUUCAAGCCUAGUUACAGGAAGGUUUGGAUGGCGAAGCAGAAGGCAGUGGCACAAAUAUAUGGAGAUUGGAAAGAGUCGUAUGCGGAGUUGCCACGUUGGAUGCUAGGGCCCCUCGUGAGUAUUGACGGUAUCCACUUGUAUGGCAAGUAUGGAGUGACGCUGUUGCUGGCGAUAGCGCAGGAGGGGAACUCGAACAUCCUCCCGAUAGCAUUCGCCCUUGUGGAGGGAGAAAACGCAGAGUCAUGGUCAUUCUUCUUGUCCAACCUACGAGCGCAUGUGACGCCACAGGAGGGUAUCCUUGUUAUCUCUGACAGGCAUAAUGGCAUCAAGGCAGCACUUGAGGCCCCUGAGACUGGAUGGCUGACUCCACGUACUUUUCGAGCGUACUGUAUUCGUCAUGUGGCUGCAAAUUUUGCCCUUACCUUCAAAGGUAAGGAUGCAAGGAGGAUGUUGGUGAAUGCUGCCUACGCAAAAACUAAAGCAGAGUUUUAUUACUGGUUUGACAUCUUGCGGACUGAGAAUCCAGCAAUGUGUGACUGGGCCAACCGUAUGGAAUACGACAAAUAG